ACUUCUUGUUACGCAUUACGCAACCUCUCUUCAAGUCCGCAGACAGACCCAUCUCACAGAUCGUGUUUCCAGUACGGAUCUUCUGAUAUGGGAUCGAGUCGCGACAGGCUUACAGUGGAUUUUUCAUCUCAAAUAAAUAUAUAAAAUGGCUGAAACUACCAAAAUGUCAGAAACUUCGCAAGAUUUGACUCUUGUUUGUCCAUCUGACUUUGUAGUUUGUGAUUUUGGAGAUGAUGUUGUUCUGUCAUGUCAUCUUCAGCCAGCCAUCAGCGCUGCUUCAAUGGAAAUUAAGUGGCAGUAUAGGGCUGAUCUGGUCUGCCAUUAUAAGGACGGGCAGAUGACAGUGAGCGAAGACUAUGAGGGUCGAGUGAGUCUCUCAUUGCAGGAUCUACACAAUGGAAAUGUGUCUUUAAUUCUCAGAGAUGUCAGGAGAUCACAGAUGGGCCUCUAUAUUUGUGAAGUCAUCCAUGAAUGGCAAACAAUGAAAGAAUAUAUUUUUCUCUACCUUCUUUACCCUGAAGACUUUAGUCUUGUGAUUCCUAAUGGCACUGUGUCUGCUGACCCUGGAGAAGACGUCAUCUUACCUGUUCAUCUCUCACCUGAAACCAGUGCUGUGUCCAUGCACAUCAGCUGGAGGAGAGGGACAGAUCGCAUUUAUUGGUAUAGAAAUGGAUGUGAGACAAUAGACAGUGACUAUGUGAACAGAGUGAGUAUGUUCACCCAGAAUCUGGAGAGAGGAAAUCUUUCUCUGACUUUGAGGAAUGUUCAACCUUCAGAUUCAGGGGACUACAGAUGCACAGUCCAUCACAAUGGAUGUCUGCAGACUGGAACAGUUCACCUACAAGUGAGAGAACUCCAGAAGAGUGAUGUUACCUUAGAGGCUCUUCAGGACAUUUUAAGAAGAUUACAAGAUGAUAUUCUGCAACUAAAAACAGACCUUCCAGAGAAAACUCUAAAACUGCUCCAAGAAGCACUAAAACAUGAUGACAAGGAUAAAAAGAGAAAGAAAAGGUCAUCUGUUGUGGGAGAAGAUAGCACAACAGAGACAGAGUUAAUGGAAGGUCAUAUAGUAAGAGGUAGAUGGAGCUUGGAUGGACUUCCUCCACUCAUGGGAGAAGAUAGCACAACAGAGACAGAGUUAACGGAAGGUCAUAUAGUAAGAGGUAGAUGGAGCUUGGAUGGACUUCCUCCACUCAUGGGAGAAGAUAGCACAACAGAGACAGAGUUAACGGAAGGUCAUAUAGUAAGAGGUAGAUGGAGCUUGGAUGGACUUCCUCCACUCAUGAGAGAAGAUAGCACAACAGAGACAGAGUUAACGGAAGGUCAUACAUUAAGAAGUAGAGGUAGCUUGGAUGGACUUCCUCCACUCAUGGCCAGAGAGAGCAGCGAUCAAAACACAAGUCCAACAAGAGAAGAGAAUACUGCCACUGAGCAAGAGUUUUUGGCCCCAGCUGUGUCAUCACUGGUUUUGCAAAGAGAACACGCAUCAGUAAAUGCAAUAUUGCAAGAAAGGAGACAAGAGAGUGUUGCCACAGAGCAAGUGGGAUCCUCCUCCACUAUGCAAUCACAGGAACAAGAAAGUGAAAGAACAUCACAAACACCAGAGAGUCCUAGAAACAGAACGCGGAUGAGUCAAAGGAGACAAGAGAAAAUGUGCUCAGUUUCUUAGUGGUUCACCUACCAUGUUUUCAGUUAUUCUAAAUUUUUGUAAAAUCCUAAAUGGAACCUUUUCGCAGGCUGUGAUGAAUUGCUGAUGAAAAACGUGUGACACGUUUUAAAUGUCAUCUGCAUUGUAAAUCCUGAUAAGAUUUUCAUAUUAGAUUUUUCACAUUAGUUAUAUUAAAAACGUGCAUCUUUUAUUUAUUUACAGCCUGAGCACUGUGCUGAACAUUUUCCAUUGUUAUUCUUGCAUGUAUACUGAACACUGAUAUGGAAAAACAAUGAAUAUAAUAAUAAAAUAUAAUAUCCAAAAUAUUA